UCACCUACAACUUUAUGAUGAUCGAUUGGCCAGACCUUGCCCACCGGGCGGGCUACACGCGCUGCCGCCGGCGCCAGCGGGCCUCGAGGACGGGCUCGUGCUUCCGCCCAGCACCAACGACGGCGUGCCGGCCCCCUUCUCGAUCCUGGCUCGCGGCCGCGACGCAGCCGCCGCUCGCAGGGUGGCGGAGGGCUGCCUGCUGUCUGACUGGGUGGACGUCGGCGGGGACGUGGACCGCUGGUGGCACUCCGAUCUCACCUUCUAUGGCCCGCGGGGCGUGGGCCUCGCGCGGGGAGCCAGGGACUACCGCUCGCACGUCCUGGAGCCCUUCCGCACGGCGUUCGCCAACCGCACUCUGGACACCGAGGUGUCCACGUGCGAGGGCAACUACUGCGCAGCGAUGGGGCGCAUCGAAGGCCACCACGUGGGGUCUUGGCUCGGCCUGCCCGCGAGCCACAAGCGCGUGCAGGUCAGAUUCGGGAUGCACUGGAGGAUCGUUGGUGAAAGGGCGCAGGAGGGCUGGGCAAUCUUCGACGUUCCCGGCCUCUACCACCAGCUCGGGCUGGACUUCUUCGCCUCCGCGGUGCACGGAGCUCCGCAGCCGCUGCGAGCGUCCGCUCCGUGACGCGCUGGAGGCCCGUCGGCUCGCCGGCGUCUUGUUGAUGUCGCCUGUCGCGGCAGGGGCUCGGCCGAUCAGGCCCAUCGGACUUCUUGGACUUGUACCCCGAGCUGGUACGUAUCACUUGGAGACCGAAGGGCGCUCCCUUCUCCUGCGCCCGCUUUCCAAUUUCCCUCCCUCUCUCGGCCUCCCUGCACAUGAGGGCAGCGGGCAUGCGCAGCCCCCUCCUCCUCUUCCUCCUUGGGCUCCUCCUCCUCCUCCUCCUCCU